AUGAGGUUUCGAACAGAACAACACCUUUCGUUCGGUCUUAAAAAUAGAUAUUUGGGCGAAGCAGCUAAAACUCAGGAGAUCUCAAAUUUUAAGAAUACUGUUGGGUCUUUAAAACGGCUCGUCUGUUAUUCUUUUCAAGAUAAGGAGCUUCAAGAAAUCGAAAGACAAUAUAUUAAUGCAGAGUUGACAGAAGAAAAUGCUCAAGUUGCUGUCAAGGUACAAUAUCUUGGUGAAGAACGAGUAUUUACUAUUACGCAAUUGGUUGCUAUGUACUUUACUAAACUUAAGGAUAUUACUUCUGCGGAGCUUAAAAUUCCAAUUUCCGAUGUUGUAAUUUCUGUUCCUGGCUGGUUCACAGAUGCUCAGCGCCGUAGAAUUCUUGAUGCAGCUGAGGUCGCCGGUCUAAAUUGUUUGCGUUUGCUCAAUGAUACUAGUGCAUCAGCAUUAGGUUAUGGUAUUACAAAGACAGACCUACCUGAGGACAAAGAUAAACCUCGUAAUGUCGUGUUUGUCGACAUUGGUUACUCGAGUUACAGUGUGGCGAUUGUUUCUUUUAUUAAGGGACAAUUAACAGUUAGAUCAACUGCUUACGAUAGACAUCUUGGUGGGCGAAAUUUUGAUCAGGUUUUAGUUGAACAUUUUUCUGAAAUAUUUAAGGAAAAAUACAAAAUUGAUAUAAAAUCAAAUCAAAAAGCACUUUUUCGACUUCGUACAGGUGUAGAGAAACUGAAAAAAGUUCUUUCAGCUAAUGCUCAAGCACCUAUCAACGUCGAGUCAAUAAUGAAUGAUAUCGAUGUCAGUGCUAUAAUGUCUCGUGAUGAAUUUGAAGAAUUGUCUAAGCAUCUUCUUGACCGUAUAGAAGGACCGCUUGAACAAGCAUUUAAAGAAUCAGGACUUUCUUUAGCCGAUAUUCAUUCAGUUGAAGUAGUUGGUGGAUCAACGCGUAUUCCAGCAGUUAAAGAAAGAAUUUCCAAAUUUUUUGGACAAGAACUCAAAUAUACUCUAAACCAAGAUGAAGCAAUUGCUCGUGGAUGUGCACUUCAAUGUGCUAUUCUUUCACCAGUAUUUAAGGUUCGCGAAUUCACUGUUCAAGAUAUUACACCUUAUCCUAUCAAAAUUACGUGGGACAGAAUACCCGAAAUUCCUGAUGAAGAAUCCGAGCUUGUCGUGUUUCAAAAAUCAAAUAUCAUUCCGUCUACAAAAAUCUUAACAUUUUAUCGAAAGGAGCCAUUUGAUAUUGAAGCUUACUAUUCUGAACCAGAUAAAGUACCUUGUUCUAAUUCUUGGGUUGGGAAAUUUUCUAUUAAACGAGUAACACCCACAGAAAAGGGAGAUUUAAGUAUAGUUAGAGUUAAAGCCAGACUCAAUAUGAAUGGAAUAAUUUCCGUGGAUAAUGCCCAUAUUGUAGAAGAGGUAAUAAAGGAAGAAAAAGAAGAAACAACUACCGAACCACAACCGAUGGAUACAGAUGGUACGCCUUCAGAAAAUGCCAAGCCUCCAAGUCCACCAGUUAAGAAAGUAAAAAAACUCGUAAAGAAAGGAGAUUUACAAAUUGUUACUUCACAUAAUGGAUUGGAGAAAUCAAUCCUCUCACAAUAUAAAGAGCAAGAGGGACAAAUGAUUGUAUCCGAUAAGCUUGUAGCUGAUACAGAGACUCAAAAGAACGCACUUGAAGAAUACGUUUACGAUACUCGAUCCAAAAUGGAAUCGAUCUAUCAUGACUUUGUCAAUAUUAAUGAUAAAGACACAUUCAUUAAAUUACUUAAUGAUACUGAAAACUGGCUUUAUGACGAAGGGGAAGAUGCCAGUAAAUCAGUAUAUGUUGAAAAACUUGACCAAUUGAAAACUUACGGAGGACCCAUCGCUGAACGAUACCGUGAAGCAGAAGAACGACCAAGGGCCGAACAAUCACUACGAGAAAGCAUAAAUUCAUUUAUUCUCAGCGCAACCGGUAAUGAGGAAAGGUUUUCACAUAUUCCUGAAGAAGAAAAAAAGAGCAUUAUUGAAAUGGCAACAAAAACAUCUGAUUGGUUGAAUGAGAAAUUAAAAGCACAAGAAUGUUUGCCAAAACAUGAACCUCCAGCAGUCUUUUGUCGAGAAAUUUACAAGGAGCGUGAGGUUAAACCCGAAGAGCCUAAAUCCGAAGAACCCAAUCCUGAAGAACCGAAGUCUGAAGAAUCCAAAUCUGAAGAACCCAAUUCUAAAGAAACUAAACUUGAAGAAAUGCCAAUUUCAGAGGAUAUUUUAGAUGUUCAAAAUACAGACAAAUCUAAAGAAGAAAAGGAAGGUGAUAAAGAAAUUACUAAUAAAGACGAAAAUGAAGAUACGAUUAUGAGUGUUGAUUAA